AUGGAACUGAUGCGCCUUUCUGUGUUACGACAUAUCAUUCUCGUCUUUAUGACCAUGUGCCUUUUUCAUGGUGUUACAUGUUCGUUUAAAUUGGCUGUCAUACAUACCAAUGAUAUUCACGCACACGUGGAGGAAAUGAACAAGUACUCCUCCGAUUGUAAACAGAAGGAAAAAGAGGAGGAUCAUUGCUAUGGCGGUAUUUCCAGACGGGUUACUAAGGUGAAAGAACUGAGAGCCAAGUAUCCCCACCACGUGUUGUUGAACGCCGGAGAUAACUACCAGGGCACGUUAUGGUUCAGUCAUUACAAGGGAUUAGUAGCCGCCAAGUUUAUGAAGGAACUACACUACGAUGCUAUGGCAGUUGGUAACCACGAGUUUGAUAACGGGGUCGACGGGUUGGUGCCAUUCUUAGACAAUGUCACGUCAGUAUUUCCGGUGCUCAGUUGUAAUCUCGAUCUUUCUGAAGAACCAAAACUUAGCGAGAAAAUAGGCAGCCAUACCAUCCUGGAUGUGAGUGGACAAAGAAUAGGAGUUAUUGGCUACACCACUGAGGAAACAUCUUUCAUUUCCAAUCCAGAUAAAACCGUGAAGUUCAAGGACGUUGUCGCCUCAGUGAGGGCAGAGGUACAGGAACUAACCAAUCAAGGAGUAGAUAAAAUCAUUGGUCUUGGUCACUAUGGUUACGGGAAUGACAAGAAACUGGCGGCGGAAGUAGAGGGAUUAGAUGUGAUCGUGGGCGGUCAUACCCACACAUUCCUGUACACAGGUACUCCUCCUUCGAAUGAUGAACCAGAGGGGCCCUACCCUACGGUGAUCACAAACGAGAACGGCGAGAAGACAUUGGUAGUACAAGCGUAUUGGUCAGGCAAAUACCUCGGUUUUAUUGACGUCACAUUUGAUGACAACGGACACGUCACACAAUGGGAAGGUGCCCCGAUACUGCUGGACAGUACAGUGUCAAAAGACCCAACCACUGAGGCAGAAGUUGCAGACCUGUUGGUACCUCUGAUACGUGAGAAGAGUGUGGUGAUGGGAAAAUCUGCAGUAUACCUUGACGGAAGCAGUAAUGUGUGUCGAUUACAGGAGUGUAACAUGGGAAAUCUGAUAACUGAUGGCAUCGUGGAUUAUUUCGUCGGACGUCAGACAGACAACACAUCAUGGACAGAGGCUGCUAUAGCUAUCAUGAACUCGGGUGGAAUCAGGGCACCUAUUGAACAAGGCAAUAUUACACGUGGUGACCUAUUGACCUUGAUGCCGUUCGGAAACAGUAUUGACAUCAUUGAUAUCAAAGGGAAAUAUCUACGCCAAGCAUUGGAACACUCGGUAGAAAACUAUGAUCCUAUUGAUAAACCUGGUGCCUUACUUCAGAUGUCGGGUCUCUUCGUAAAUUAUGACCUCUCCAAGCCUAAAGGUCACCGAGUCGUGUCAGUGGAUGCGAGAUGUAGGAAGUGUAUGGUUCCAGCAUACAGUCCACUGGAGGACACUGAAGUAUACAGAAUCGCAACUCUUAAUUUCGUCAUCAAAGGCGGGGAUGGUUACUCCGUUCUUCGGGACCAUCACGACAAGUGGUACCAAUACAAUAUACUGGACAUUGAAGUAAUUUCACAGUACUUGAAGAAGUACAACCCAGUAACGAUUGGUCUUGAAAGACGUUUCCAGUUCACAAAUUCUACAUACGUGACACACACUGUAUGUUCAGCUGGUAUGAUUAACCACAUGACCAUCAGCCCACUGAUGUUAUUUGUGCUUAUCUUGUUUGUCAUUCUCUGA